AUGGCCGGCCAAAUCGUGGGCGAUGCCCUUCACCAAGUGCUCAGGAGAGCUGCGGAUUCCGAUACGGAUCCUGAUGAUGUCCCCGAAGCGGGCACCAAGGAGUUCUUCAGCUCCUGGGCACUCUUCAUUAUGAUCAUGCUUUUGAUGUGUGCGCUUUUUACAAGUUAUAUUCUACAGCAGAAGAAGAUUCAAGCUGUACAUGAGACGGUGUUGUCCAUCUUUGGAGGCAUGUUCGUCGGAUUGAUUAUACGACUAAGUCCGGAGUCGCCUAUCCAGGACAGUGUGACUUUCGAUUACCAGUUCUUCUUUAACCUCCUCCUUCCUCCGAUUAUCUUGGCCUCCGGGUACGAGUUACACCAGGCGAACUUCUUCCGCAAUAUCGGGACGAUUCUGACGUUUGCGUUUGUGGGUACAUUUAUCUCGGCUAUUGUGCUGGGGCUUGUACUGUACGUUUGGACUCGGAUCCCGCUGGAUGGGCUGAAUAUCUCUUUCGUCGAGGCGAUCUCAGUGGGUGCGACCCUUUCGGCGACGGACCCGGUUACGAUCCUGGCGAUCUUCAACCUAUACAAGGUCGAGCCGAAGCUGUAUACCGUUAUCUUUGGCGAGUCGAUCCUGAACGAUGCGAUUGCUAUUGUCUUGUUCGAAACUGCGCAGAAGUAUGCGGAGAGUGAGGCUGGAUCUUUGACCUUCCUCAACUUGUUUGAGGCAAUUGGUCUCUUCUUGUUGGUUUUCUUUGGUAGUAUGAUUGUUGGUAUUAUUGUGGGAAUUAUGACUGCGCUGGGUCUCAAGUAUACCCAUGUUCGCCGCAUGCCCAAGAUUGAGAGCUGCUUGAUUGUUCUCAUUGCGUACGCCAGCUACUUUUUCUCCAACGGCGUGUACCUAUCAGGCAUCGUGUCUCUUCUGUUCUGUGGCAUUACGAUGAAGCACUACGCUUAUUACAACAUGUCGCGCCGAACGCAGUUGACCACCAAAUACCUUUUCCAGGUGAUGGCGCAGUUGUCGGAGAACUUUAUCUUCAUCUACCUUGGACUCGAUCUGUUUGUCGAGAGUAACUUGCAGUUUAAGCCGCUAUUCAUUCUGGUAGCGGUAUUGGGAAUCUGUCUUGCGCGGUACCUCGCCGUAUUCCCACUGUCCAAAGCCAUCAACUGGUUCAUCCGCUAUCGCGCCCGUCGCCGUGGUGUCGAAGUUGCGGAUGAGCUGCCGUUCGCUUAUCAAGCAAUGCUCUUCUGGGCUGGACUGCGAGGAGCAGUCGGCGUUGCUUUGGCAGCGGGUCUGAAGGGCGUCAAUGCCCCAGCUUUGCGUGCUACCGUCCUGGUUGUGGUCGUGUUGACUGUUAUCAUAUUCGGUGGAACUACGGCUAGAAUGCUCGAAAUCCUGGGAAUCAGGACCGGUGUGGUCGAGGAGCUCGACUCGGAUGAUGAGUUCGACAUCGAAGUCACUCAUGGAGGUACCUACUAUAAACGGGAUACGGCUCUGGGAUACACCCCCCGUCGGAUGGACUCGACCAUUCCCCUGGACGGAAUGCAGCGUGAAGGGCUUGACAGGACACAUAGCUAUUCCACUGGCAACAGCCGCCGUCCCAGCCCGCCUCCCAAUCGGUCCUCAAGCAGAGGUCAUGCUCGCAUGUAUUCGAAUGCUUACGGGCCCAAAGAUACCCAGACGCGUCGUGAUCGAUCAUCAACGGCCACGCUCCUUAACAGCGGGACUGGGGGUCUUAGCGAUGACAGUGCGGGAAGCGAGGAUGAAUUUGGCCUCAAAACCACGAAGAACACCGGAAAGUCACGAGCCACAGCCGAACCUGACCCAGACGAGUUCGAGAUCGAUGUCGAAGAGUCGGAGGAUGACCAUGGUCUUCCUCCAUCUGCGACACCUGCAUCGCGAUUGCGGCGAUCACAUUCCCAACCUCAACAAGAAUCCACAUCCUCCAGAGUAUCACCGUCGCCGUCGCGACAUGAGGCAAUCAGCGCUCGCGAGGCUCUCCGCGAUUUAUUCUCGGGUGGACCGACUGGGGAUCAUGCGGCAUGGUUCCGGCAGCUGGAUGAGGGGUAUAUCAAGCCACGGUUGCUCCUGGAUCAGUCGAAUCAUAAAGGGCCUGGGGCUGUUUGA